AUGGUUUCCACAAAGGUUGCGACCAGCAAAGCAAUCACAGCGCGUAGAAAAAGGAUCAAAACCACGCUGAGAACGAUGGGCAAAAUUGCAGCAUCACAAAGAGGGAAUUCUCGCGAUCAUCCCCCGGACAAUCAUGCGCCUAUUAUAUUGGGUCGGCGCGCUGUUCUGCGGCCACGAAUCACAGUGCCGGUCAAGCUGUUCGUUGCACUUCACAAGCUAUACAAAGAGGAUUCGAUUGGAGCAACGAAUAUUCUAAUCUCCAAAAUGGGCAGCGAGGAUGGCGAGCCAACGCGCGAAAUGAAUGUUGCUCUUCGUUGUGCCGUUCAAGAGCUGUGGGAAGAUCGCUUGAAGACUACAGCUCAACUUGUUGGAUUAUUUCCGCCUGAUCCCGACCUCACAAGACCUACGCAAGAACUCUUUGAGCAAUUCUGGAAAGCUCACGGAUAUCCCAACGACGCUGAGAUGGACCUUCUUGAGCAGGUUGGAUACGCUGACGCCGCAGCAGUUGAUGCCUGGUUCUUACUAAAAGAUUGUCGGCUUCGAACAUACAGAUUGAUGCAAGAAGUGAUGAAGGCUUUUAUGAUCAACACUCUGCUUGGCCAGAAGAGUUGGCGGCACAUUGUGAAGCGGAGGCUCAAGAUUAAGACGCCGUAUACUCGCCACUAG